ACAACAAUUGGAUCACCUAAAGUGCUAUUUAAACCAACUUGAGAUACUUUUUACUCGUAUAUCUAAAAUUUAAUAAACUUCAACAAUAAAAACUCCCAUAAAUUCACCUAAAAUAACAGUCAAUCUAUAGAUACCUUGAACUGCCACAAACUAUUGAAACACAUGUACAUGUAACACACCUUAAAGUCAAUAUAUACAAGACUAUAAAAAGUCCCCAUUCUAUACCGAUAGGGGGCGCCCGCAUGUUCGAUUAAAAAGUGGGCGAAAAUACUCCGCAAACAUCACGAUCAAAAGAGCACGAAAAAUAACAAUUUUAACCUCCUCGGUCCAUGCUAAAGAGAACGUUCAAGUGAAAAAAUAUCUUAAGAUACUUUUUUAUUCCUUCGUAUAUCUAUACAAAGAUAUCAUUUGCAGUGCAGCGCUGCGAGGUAAUGCAGUGAAAAUGGAAUACACUGGACGCAUCGUUUCCAAUUCUACGAAUCAUCAACGGAUCGAAUUUUUAUUGUAGAGAGUGCGGUCCGGACCGUACGUAAGUUGGGUUUGUGUGUAUUUGUGUGGACGGAGUUCAAAACUCUCAAUUGCACUUGGUCGCGCGAUUGCAUUUGCAGCAGAAAUCCCAAAUGCAGCACAGCACAGGCACACUCAUCGUUCAGAUGUGCAGUCAUUGGCGGCUGUGGUAAAGUUGCAAACAAGUUUUGCGCGAAAUACUCGUUUUACUUAAUGCUGUCCGUUGUCGUCGGUUGGUCGUCGUUGCCGUCGUUGUCGUGUUGUCGUUGGGUCCGUCGGUUGAUUCUUGGUCUGCAUCCAUAUAUGAAUGUGUUCUUUUCUUAUUUCUAUCAACUUAAAUCUUUUGGUGAAUUAGUUGCAAAUGUUUAAAAAUAUAUCUAUCUAUAUUUAAAUGUGCAACAAAAUCCUUACCACAAUCAGUGCUUCCAGUGAGCAGCUAUAUAAAAGAUACUACUUCAUCUACUACUAGCAGCAACUCAAAAAUAAAAAAGUAUCUCAACUGCUAACAACAAAGAAGAAAACGGAUUUAAUAAACCUCAAAAUAAAUUUACAAAAGGAUUAAACAGCAAAGGAUUACAUUACCAGUAACACAACAACAAAAACAGAAGCAGUCAGCAGCAUAGUGGUAACUAUAGGUACCAUUGCUUGGGACUUUGGUAAAGGAAGGAACAGAAAUCCCGGCCUCGUAAUACAGCAUCACUUAUAAGGGCCGACGAACGUUGAACGUUCAACGUAGCUAGUCGCUUGUCGUGAACGCUUCCUCUCGCUCUCUUUCUCUCACAAUAUAAGGGAAUAGUGAUGCAUCCAUUUUGCAAUAAUUGCAUCCUCUGGCACCAACAUAAAUUCGAAUUUGAAAAUCAUCUAAUGGCUAAAAUUAAUGUCCGAAGAAAAAACUAAACGAAAAUAAAUAAAUAAGGAAACCGGAUUGAGCGAGAAGAGAGUGCAAAACAAAAGAACAAACUUUUCCGUUCAUUCUUUAGAGAUAUCAUCAGGCAAUUGUCGCCUUAAACGGGAAUUGAUUUAGGAAUUCGUUUCCAAUCCUCUGACCCAUCAACCCACGCCACACCCCCAGCAAAUGAAAGGACGAACGCAAAACAAAGAAACACACACAUAUACAAAAAUAAGAAGAACUCAUCUUGAGGACAAUAAUUUAUAAGGCGCCUUUCAAGUGAACAAAGUCAGAGAAUAAGAAGAAAAAAAAAGGAUACCUAAAGAAAAAGAAAAAUUGAACAACAUUCAAGAAGAAAAAAAAUUGAAAAAAUAACAACAACAACAAAAACAAACAAGAAGGAUAACUAGAAAACUAACUAUAAAGACAUGCAAGACGUUCGGAUUCGAGUUGAGCAGCCAACAACACAUGGCUCACCCAGCAGCCAACGACGACCAAUUCAUCUUCUCCCGCAAAUAAGUUUAUCUUGCAAUGAUAACGAUCCCCACAUACCACGCUCUCCUAGUUCUGAGGAGGAUAAUUCACCAACGGAAAUGAAUAACUGUAGACGAUUAGUUGAUAAACCGCCAUUGGUAAAACGCCUUACUAUGGGUCUCCUGCGGAACACAGAAGACAGUCGACCACUGGUGCACACAACAUCAUCCUCCCUUAACUCAGGUUCAUCUCAAACCAUCUCCGAUGGUUAUGUGAAUGAAGGCAUCUGCGAACCAGACAAAUUAAUUUCCGCCAAGUUUGGUGACUCCUGUCGACAAUCGCUAACGGCGAUUCCAUCGCUCGAGUCCCAUCGCCUGCAGGAUAAUAACGAAUUUAGUUUUAAAAAGAAAUACCUUCGGGAGACAAGCAGUGCAAAUUCAAGCCCAAAGAUGUUCGCUCCAACAGCACCUCUGCGGAUAGAUAGUCUUAGCCUCUCCGAACAAACCGAAUUAAAAGGUGCUGCCUGGUUUCAGGCUGGCAUUCCCCGUGAAAUAUCCCUUGAAGUGCUAUCGCGCCAAAAUCCCGGUGCAUUUCUGGUACGACAGAGCAGUACGAAACCUGGAUGCUUUGCAUUGUCAUUGCGUGUCCCACCUCCAGCACCAAAGGUAGCCCAUUACUUGAUCCUGCGAACACCACGAGGCUAUAAAAUCAAAGGAUUCACAAAGGAGUUCUCCUCGUUGCGGGCCCUAAUUACACACCACUCUGUGAUGCCAGAACUUCUGCCUGUUCCGUUGUCUCUGCCUCGGCCGAAUACGAUGUUGCCGCCGCGACGCGAAAUGGAAGACUUCGAUACAUACGGAUCACUGAACGACUUCCGGAAAAUGAUGUCUGACCUGAAUGUAUGACUUUUAAAAUCGGAUACCAGUCCUGCCAGAUGACCCCCGGCGGUGGCGGCGGCGGUACAUGCCAACCAUAGAAACGGCGAUGGUCAUGGUGGUGGUGGUGCUGACGAUGAUGAGUCCUUGAACCCUACAGAAAUGGAUGCAACCACCACCACCGCUACCACAAAUGCCAUUACCACCGCUGCCAUCGCCGACGCCGAUGAUAGACUCAUUAACAUCUCCGUCGACGAUUGCAUUGAUUCCGACAAAAGCCAGACUACCGUAGUUCGAGUUGGAAGCGAUGGUGGUGGCAGAGGAUUUGGCUCCAUGACUACGGAUUCGGAGGGGACCACCACCACCGCCACUGGUUGCAGCAGUAGUAGCAGCUGCAGCGAUAGUAGUACGAGUAGUAGUAGCAGUAGUAGUAACGGUGGCGAUAGUACAACCAACGUGCAAGCCCUGAAUGGCGAUGCAUGAAU